CUGCAAAAUCUAUUUUCGUGGUAUGUCAGGUGACAUUCAUUUUUGUUGUUGCUCAUAACGAAGACUACAGUAGUUAGCUGUCCCUCUGCAUGUGCGAAAGUGAUUAGGAUUUGUUUUGAAACGAAGGAACAGUAAACCAAUAAACUAAAGUUACUUAAGGAACAUUUUAGGAAGUAGUAACAGGUCUUUUGUUAUUUUGUUUGCGCUAUGAAAUAUCAGCCAUGUCUGCCAGUAAUAUUUUUUAAACGUCAUAGCUAGACGCAGAUGAAUGAAAGCCUCACUACCAUAGAAAUAAGAAUGAUAAUAUUCAUUCUUAUUUCUAUGCUCACCACAUUGAGAUUAUGUCUUCCUGCAGAUUUUGGCUAGCUAGCUAGUUACAUGGAAUCAUCUGAAUAUCUCCUAUGUAAGUGGAAAGGCCAUCACUGGCCAGCUAAGGUUUUGAGAAGGGUGUGCAAUUCCAAGAGGAGGAAAGAUAUGGAAGUGGAAAUGUUGGGAGAAGGUCACAGAGGAGUGUGUAUUUUGUUUUGCAGAGUGUGGGUACAGCAGAAGGAAACACAAGCACUGACCCAAGAAUGCAUUGAGAGCAUCUCUGGACAUCUGAGUGAUCAUGCUUCCAAAAGGAGGGACCCAAUAAGAGAAUUGAAAUACCGGAAAGCACUGCGCUUGGCAUUGGAUAUGCUCCCCUCAGGAGAGACGAGCAGCACUCUGGUUUUAGGAGAACCCAGAACAUCCGAAAAGGGAAGAGACCAACAGUUGCCAUCGGCCCCUGAAGAGCAAGAAACGAGAGCGAGACACGCUAUCCGAGCAAAUGAGCCUCAGUCUGAGGAAAAAACGGGUUGUGCAUCUCAGAAAACAAGUCUAGGUGCAGCUCAAGAGAAUGUCACUGUUCCCAGUGUGGCCGAUGUGUCAAGUGAUUUGAGCCUUACUCCACCUUCUUCAUACCCACUGCAAACGCUCCAAGUGGCCUUCGACGAACAGGAUGUCAGUAGUCUGGAUGAUGAGGAGGAUGAUGACCUACCCAGUUUCACUUCGCCAAAAAAAACCCUGUCCAUCACAAAGGGAGCCUGUGUCUGGUGUAAAUAUCGACGUUGCCCCUUCUGGCCUGCUAUGGUCAUGUAUGUUUCCUGUAAAGAGAAGAAAGCCAGCGUUGUGUUCAUCGACACAUUUCUUUUCACACAGAAGAGGAAGGGCGUCAAGGUCUCCUUAAAGAAUAUCAAGCCCUUUGACUGUGAGGAGUCAAAUGAGUUGGUGGACAAAGCCAAGGAGAAAUAUGGUACUGCCAUCCACCAUUGCCUGAAGCUUAUUGGUGACUAUAGAAUUCGCCUUGGUUGUGGUUCAUUUUCCGGUUCCCUCAUUGAGUAUGUUGCUGAUGACAUCAGCAUCCCUAUGAGAAAGCUGUACCGUCACGACCUGUCUGACAGUUACUUGGCCUCGCCAAGGCAAGACAUGGAGGACCAGAGCAGUUACCAGGGGACUCCGGAAGACCAUGCGACCACUGAGGGCAGUGACCAGGACCAGGAGCCACAGGUCUCCAAGAGACUGCUACCUGACCGUGCCAAGGCUGCACGGGACCGGGCCAACGACAAACUACUGAAGUUCAUCGUCGAUAAAAGAGGCGUGGAGAGGCACUUGCAGGCUAUUAUCAGCGGUCAGGUGGUGUCCAAGUGGCUGAAGGCCUUCCACAAGGCCAGUGGUCAAGCAGUGGACCCCUACUUUGAGACGGACCAUCAGGUGGAGCAGGUUUUCACUUACCUCAGGAGCAUCAUGGUGGAAGCCUCGCAAAGUCUGCCAGAGUUAAACCAGAUCCGCUUCAUCCUCGAAGUGCUCUUACCAGAGGCUGUCAUCCAUGGAAUCUCGGAGGUCAAUGACAUAUCCCUGGUAAAGGCCGAAGAUAAAUACUCACAAGGGCCUGGCAUCAGUAAUAGAGAGCGAGAGGAGUUUGACCUUAUGAUUUUGCAGCAGAUGAAGAAAAGGCACCGCAGAAAAGAUCAAGAAUAAGAAGGGUUGUGUGUUCUGUUUCAGGUCUGCAUUGGCUAAUGCCACUUCAAGUGUUUAUAUUGUUCAUAGGUUACAUACUCUUUAUUUUUGAAUGAAUGUAUUUGUAUACUGAACAAAAAUAUAAAUGCAACAUGCAACAAUUUCAAAGAUUUUACUGAGUUACAGUUCA